GAGAGAAGACUAUGAAAAUGUAUAUCCCUCAUUAUCGGAAACAUUUUAUUUUUUAGAAACUUACGUGUUUUGAAAGCUAGAAAAUAUAAUUUGAUUUUGACAUGCUUACCAUAUUUUACGCAGCAGCUCAGCAUCUGAUCAAGUAUGCAGAGAACUUCUACCUGAGAACUAUGAAAUACACAAGGCUCCAACAAACAACGGUAAGCCCAUAGAUAUAUACAUAGGAUUUCAAGUGCUAGACAUUGGUGAAGUUAAUGAAGAAAGAAUGGAUUUCCGACUGCAUCUUUUCAUCAUGAAUGUAUGGAAUGAUACCCGAUUGAAUCUGGACGCCUAUAAGAAUAAGAACUACUCAAGUGUUUUGUAUGAUAAAUGCCGCACCUUCAUUUGGAUUCCUGAUAUCUUUUACGAAUCUGCAAAACUCAUUGAAACUUUUGAGCCUAAAACACCUAGCACUAUCUUCAAAGUUUUUCCUGAUGGGGCACUUAUGUUGUCUAAAAGGUUUUCGUUUAAGGCUGAUUGUCAUAUGGAACUAGAUUACUAUCCAUUUGAUAGCCAGAAUUGCCAGUUUUUCCUUUCAUUGUUAGUUUCUUCAGACCGUAUUGCUCGCCUAAAGUGGAUUGGUGAAAACCAAAGUCCUUACAGAAACGAAAUAGGCUCCAUAAGCAUAAUGAGGAAAAUUGAACUCAUGCAAUUUUAUCUGUUACAGCCGAAAGUCAGCUCUUUUACAAAAAGGACUAUUGAAGGAAAUUAUACAACUCUUAUUGCUGAUUUCACGAUUGUGCGUCUACUAAUUGGUCCCAUCGUGAACACUUAUAUACCUUCAACCAUGAUUGUGAGUAUGAGCUGGGUGAGUUUCUGGUUAGGUGUGGAAGCAGUACCAGGCAGAGUGGCUCUUAGUGUCACAUCUCUUCUCACACUCUGCACACAGGUGGAGCAGUCUAAAUCCCAACUACCGCCUGUGAACUACAUAAAGGCUAUGGAUAUUUGGCUAUUUGUUUGCAUAAUCAUGGUAUUUUCAACUUUAUUGGAAUUUGCCAUCAGUUACAAUAUGCACUCGAAAAAGUGUGAAAAGUGCUCCAAGCGGCCUGCGAUUAAUUACAGAACUGGAAAAAUACAGAGAAUAAUCAGCAACAGAUUUAAGGUGAAAUCUGAAGGGAAACCAGGGGUUGUUCCUUGGAUUCUUAGUGACAAUGACAUACGAUUAGUGAGGUCGACUAAAAACGAACUCAAAGCAACCAGUGCCAAGGAAAUGACUUGCCCCGCAUGCUAUGAAAAACACUUACGUGGUCAACGUGUGGACAGUAUGUGCAAGAUUAUCUUCCCACUUUCGUUUUGUAUCUUCGCCAUGAUCUACUGGAUUUAUUAUAUGAGUGUAUAUGAGGGAAAUAACUGAUAGUAGGUAGGGACAAUUCCCUUCCUAACCAUAUGAAAAUAUAUACUGUACGAACACCCACGAAGAUGCGCUUAAAUGGAUUAGAUCGUUCAGUUCUUUCUUUCUUUUUUUAUCUAGUUUGGUUACAUAAAUUUAAAAGCUGGAUUUUUACGGUCAUAUUCCUCAUCAUCGGGGAGGAAUCUUGUUCUCAACAUUAUAGCUUUCAGAAUGAAGUGUGAAGCACUUAAAAAAACUUAAAUACUCAUUAUUGCAACUUCGUUUACCUGAAUAAAUAUUUAUUUUUAAGGAAAAAAAAAAAAAAAAAAAAACUUAUUUCUAAUAGUCUUGGAUUAAAAAGCAGAAAACUAUUAGAACCAGUACCCCUUAAUUUUUAUUCUAAUUGUUCCAAAUUUAAAUAAUAAUAACAAUAAUGUAUACAUAUAAUACGCACACACACGUAGAAAAUUUUGCUUUUACACAUAGAUGAGUUCUUCAAAAAUAUGCAUAAAAAUAGUACGUUACUGCGUACGAAAACUACAGAAAUUUCAGAUCCAGGAACUGAGUAAAUAAUAUGUUGCAUCCCAAUAAAAUUUUUAAGAAUUUGAAGUAGCUUUUUGUCUCUCAGUUCCCCAAAGCUGAGCCCUCUAGUUACUUAGUUAAGAUAGUUAAGAUAGCCCUCUAGUUAAGAUUUUCUCUUUUCGAUAUACCAUGUUAAUAGACGAACUUUCUCCCAUAUUUUACUAGGUUCUAUCUCCAUAGGUAUCUGAUCCUUGUCAAUCCUUAGAGUCUUCUCCAUCAAGUCUAUUUUACUAUUUUGUUGACCUUAUUAAAAUAAUAGGAAAGGAAAUACACGUUGAGUGGAUAAGGAACACGUCGGUUUUGGCAAAUUCUGAAUGAAAAACUACCAGCGGCAAGAGAAAAUUUUAUUCUAACUAGGUGAUCAUAAACUCGCAACAAACAGACAAGAAGCCUAAGGUUUCAUUCAGAUGAAGACUUUUCGGUCAUACGACUUUGUGUUUUAAGGCGUAAAUAUUAUUAUUAUUAAGCCCUUUCAAACCUGUGUAACAAGGUUAAAGCUGUAACCAAUCAGAGAAAGUGAAAUUGCGCAUGCAUAAAUCUGCAGCUGAAUCAAUGAAACAGUCGACCGAAUGGCAGUUCGUUCUUGCUUCGCUGUGAUUUGUCAGUUUGUAUACCAAACUGGCAUAAAGUUGAAAAAUUACAACUUUUAGACAAAAUCUAAAUCAGUUUUUUAUGACGCGGCAAGUUCUGGUUGCUUAGCAAGCAGGUCUGCAAGCUCAACUUUUACCUAUUGUGAUCGAAAGAAGUCGUGUAAACGGAGCCUUUAUUGAUAGUGCUUCAACUGCUGUGGGGUCCUAAUCGCGACCUCCGAGUGUUCAACUCCUUUGUAUGAGAGAGUGUUGUUAACCAAGGAGGUUAGUACAAACCUUUAUGACCUUCCACAGCUGUUAUGUAUCAAAAAGUUGUACUUUAUUUAUGAUGAUGUUGUUUAAAUAAAUAUUUAUUUACCAAG